AUGUCACGCUUGCUGUUGGUGUUUUCCUUGUGCUGCUUCCUUGCCAGUGCCCAGAACAAAACUGAAAGUCCGAACUCUCAAUACCAAUACGAGUUAAACGAACUAAAGCGCGCUGUCUCAAUUCUGCUGGACUUUGCAGAGACCCUACUCGAGAAGCCCCCAGAGGAACGCAUGGAAACACUCACCAAUGUGACUAGGUUCCUUCUCACGCAACGCCGUGAUGACUUCUUCUAA